AGUCAGCAAGAGACGCUGGGGAGAGAAUCCGGACUGCAAGCCCGGCGGCUGCCGCAGCGAAGGAGGGCGGCUCGGAGACGCUACUCCAACUGUUGAAUUGAAUUUUCACCUUCCAUUUCCUCCGCGUCUUGGCUGGCGGAGAUGGAUUUAUUCGGUUUGAAACCUGCACGUCUUUCUCAGGCUUUGGGGUGAUCCUGACAGGCACCGCAUCAGACUGAAAGAGACCACUCGUGACAGAAAAAAAAAAAGGAGGAAUUAAAAAAAAAUCCUCCACAACAGACUGCACAAUUAGCUAUGCACACCGAUGCUGGACUUUGUGAAAAGAGACCAUUGGGAGGAAAAUCUUGAACUGUGAUCCUGGGCUAAGCUGUGAAUCACUACUGGAAACGUGCCCCCAACCCCUAAGACUGAGAGAUUUUGGGAGCAUCUCACGCCUAACCAAGUGGAAAGGUUUUUUUUUUUUUAAACAAAACAAAUAAAUAUUCGUAAGCAAAGCAGACGCCUUGUUUUGCAGAGCCUCGGACUCCGGCCGAAAGAGGUAGAGUAAAAGUACUCCUGGAUUCAUCUUUGCCUUCCUCCUCCCCCCCCACCCCCCGCUCUUUUUUCUGGUUUUCUCCCCCCAACCCCCGACGUGAUUCCGGCUUUUUGUUUUUGUUUUUGUUUUUUGUUUGUUUUUCCUAUUGAGUGAGUCAGAGAAAGCCUUAAGAAGAAGCCUCAACUAAUGUCUGUGAAGGGAGGACCGUGAGGGGAGAGUGAAUACGAUUCGUUCCGCUGCUUCUGACUCAUCCCGCAGAUCAGAACACCUGCAUUUCUGGAUGUGUCAUUCCCGUAUACCGAGGCGUCUAAAGAAGCGGAAAUAAUGUGUAGAUCAACCCGUGCCUAACCCCCGCUCGGAGGUGGAGGUAGUUUCCCCCGGGUGGGCGCCCUGGCAGAACCGCUGUGGCUGCAGCUCCUCACCCUCUCUCUGCCUUUCCCAAGUCGACCAGAGACCGUGAGAGCCAGACUGCAGAAUGCAUCACGCCAAGCCUUGAUGUAUUCCAUCCACCCUACUCUCCAAUUUAAAAUAGUAAUAAUAAUACCAAGGGGGAAAAGCCUACACUGUAUUCUCUUCAAAUAGUCACCACUCUUGUUCCUCGCCAAGGUUUUCCUUUCUAGAUGAAAAGAACUGGGAGGCUGGGCCACUGGAAGGAGGUGCUGAAUAGAAAGAAAAGAGAGCCACUUGACAGCCCAGCCCUGUGAAUGCAGAGACUGUUUCCCUUCUAGCGAGAGACAGGGCGAGUGUGUGUGUGUGUGAGUGUGUGUUCGCGCGCGAGGACUGGGAGGGUAGCUCCCUCCUCCUUUCUAGUCCGCCCUCCCCUCCCCCUUCAAAUCUGCACGUCUAACCAUGAGUUGCCUGUUGAUUUCCUUUCGCCUGGCAAGAGAAGCAAACUGGAAUUAAACUGCAGGGAGAGGAGUCUUUGCUUGCAGGAAGAGGAUGGGAUGGUAGUGGCGGCUCCCCGCUUGGCGUAGAGACACUAGAGUGUUCUACGAACAGAGGCGGAGAUAUAUCUCUCUAUUUUUCUCCUCCCAAUAGGCUCUCGGCGCAAAUGCUGAUCAGGCUGUGGCUUUCUUGAUUUUGGGGGAGAACCUUCUCCGAGGAAGAGAGGGAGGAGCUUGGUAGGGGGAGGAAACUACAAAUCGGGACACUUUUUUUUUUCCGCUGCAUUUCCUCCUCUCCCUCUGGCUGCUCGGAAAGAAGAGAGAAAAAGAAGACAGAGAGAGAGAGAGAGAGAGAAAAAUAAUACUUGGCUCGGAAAUGCAGUCCGCUGCCGCCGCCGCUGCCUAAGCCAGCAAUGCAAGAUUAGAUCUUUAAAUGCAGCAAUACACCGCCUGAAAGCCGACCAUUCUGCACAACGAGCAGACAUUUCUCCGUGCGCCAGGGCAGCCUCAAAUACACAUAUGUAUCUGUGACUCUUUCUUCGUCCCUACUCAUUCCCAUCAAUCUCAUCACCCGAAUAAGAGUAACUAAAGGGUUCCACUUUCUGAUCUGCCUGGAGACACACCUCCUGAAGCCCUCCCCCACUCGAUUUGAAGAGUAUUCUGUAGGCUGCCGGAGGGAGUGGAUUUUGCAGCGCCUAGCGGGAGUGAGGAAAACCCACCAAUUCUUCAGCUCAUUAUCAUCUCUUCCAGACUCGAUUUCCUUUUUAUCGCCAGCCUCCAUCACGCAAGUUUGAACCUCCUGAAGUCCAGGCGGGAGAGACAAAGCCUUGGGCUUGCCCUCAGCCGCAGGGAGUCGCCGCCUUGCUCCGAGCUGCUGCAGCUUCGCUGCGCGGCUGCUUCUCUCCCAGUGCGAAUGCUGUAGAUCAACAGGUUCGGGCAACUUGAGCGGAAUCAAGAGAGACUGCCUGGUGCCGCAGCCUGGGUGAGGAGGGAAGGAAGGACUCUCAGACUUGCGGCUCUCUCCGAGCUCCUACGCUCCGCCCCGGUUCCAGACUGGCGCGCACCCACAAGCUAGCACCUCCAGUCCGGCUGCUCCCGUUCUCACCCCACCGGUCUGGGAUGUACCUUUCCAUCUGUUGCUGCUUUCUUUUGUGGGCCCCUGCCCUGACACUCAAAAACCUCAACUACUCAGUGCCAGAGGAGCAAGGGGCCGGCACGGUAAUAGGCAACAUCGGCAAAGAUGCCCGACUGCAGCCCGGGCUUCCGCCGGCUGAGCGCGGCAGCGGCAGCGGGAGGAGCAAGUCCGGCAGCUACCGGGUGCUGGAGAACUCCGCACCGCAUCUGCUGGACGUGGACGCCGAUAGCGGGCUCCUCUACACCAAACAGCGCAUCGACCGUGAGUCCUUAUGCCGCCACAAUGCCAAGUGCCAGCUAUCCCUAGAGGUGUUCGCUAACGACAAAGAGAUUUGCAUGAUCAAGGUAGAGAUCCAGGACAUCAACGACAACGCUCCCUCUUUCCCCUCGGAUCAGAUAGAAAUGGACAUCUCAGAGAACGCGGCACCCGGCACCCGCUUCCCCCUUACAAGCGCACACGACCCAGACGCUGGCGAGAACGGACUCCGCACCUAUCUGCUCACCCGCGAUGAUCACGGCCUCUUUGCACUGGACGUCAAGUCCCGCGGCGACGGCACCAAGUUCCCAGAGCUGGUCAUCCAAAAGGCGUUGGACCGCGAGCUGCAGAACCACCACACUCUGGUGCUGACGGCCCUGGAUGGCGGUGAGCCUCCACGCUCCGCCACCGUGCAGAUCAAUGUGAAGGUGAUCGAUUCCAAUGACAACAGUCCAGUCUUCGAGGCUCCAUCAUACUUGGUGGAACUGCCCGAGAACGCUCCACUGGGUACCGUGGUCAUUGAUCUGAACGCCACCGAUGCUGAUGAAGGUCCCAACGGAGAAGUCCUUUACUCCUUCAGCAGCUAUGUGCCCGACCGCGUGCGGGAGCUCUUCUCCAUUGAUCCUAAAACUGGCCUGAUCCGCGUUAAGGGAAACCUGGACUAUGAGGAGAAUGGCAUGUUGGAGAUCGACGUGCAGGCCAGAGACCUAGGACCUAACCCCAUCCCAGCCCACUGCAAGGUCACAGUCAAGCUUAUCGACCGCAAUGAUAACGCGCCGUCCAUUGGUUUCGUCUCCGUUCGCCAGGGGGCGCUGAGUGAGGCCGCCCCGCCUGGCACAGUCAUCGCCCUAGUUCGGGUCACUGACCGGGACUCAGGCAAGAAUGGGCAGCUUCAGUGUCGGGUUCUAGGUGGAGGAGGGACUGGAGGGGGAGGUGGCCUGGGGGGUCCCGGUUCGGUUCCCUUCAAGCUUGAAGAAAACUAUGACAACUUCUAUACCGUGGUGACUGACCGUCCGCUGGACCGAGAGACACAAGAUGAGUACAAUGUGACAAUUGUGGCCCGGGACGGGGGCUCCCCUCCACUCAACUCCACCAAGUCGUUUGCUGUCAAGAUUCUGGAUGAGAAUGACAACCCACCUCGAUUCACCAAAGGACUGUACGUGCUUCAAGUCCAUGAGAACAACAUCCCAGGAGAAUACCUCGGGUCAGUGCUCGCCCAGGACCCCGACCUGGGCCAAAAUGGGACAGUGUCAUACUCCAUUCUCCCCUCACACAUUGGUGAUGUGUCCAUUUACACCUAUGUGUCCGUGAACCCCACUAACGGGGCCAUCUAUGCUCUACGUUCCUUUAACUAUGAACAGACGAAGGCUUUUGAAUUCAAGGUGCUGGCUAAGGACUCGGGGGCGCCAGCGCACUUGGAGAGCAACGCCACGGUGAGAGUGACGGUGUUAGACGUGAAUGACAAUGCUCCAGUGAUUGUGCUUCCCACUCUACAGAACGACACAGCCGAGCUUCAGGUCCCGCGCAAUGCUGGCCUGGGGUACCUGGUAAGCACGGUGCGCGCCCUGGACAGCGACUUUGGAGAGAGCGGGCGCCUCACCUAUGAGAUCGUGGAUGGCAACGAUGACCACCUGUUUGAGAUCGAUCCGUCCAGCGGCGAGAUCCGCACGCUGCACCCCUUCUGGGAGGAUGUAACCCCCGUGGUGGAGCUUGUGGUGAAGGUGACCGAUCAUGGCAAGCCCACCCUGUCCGCCGUGGCCAAACUUAUCAUUCGCUCAGUGAGCGGCUCCCUGCCUGAAGGGGUACCGCGAGUGAAUGGUGAGCAGCACCACUGGGACAUGUCGCUGCCUCUCAUAGUGACACUGAGCACGAUUUCGAUCAUCCUCCUAGCGGCCAUGAUCACCAUCGCCGUCAAGUGUAAACGGGAAAACAAGGAGAUUCGCACUUACAACUGCCGCAUCGCUGAGUACAGCCACCCUCAGCUAGGCGGGGGGAAGGGCAAGAAGAAGAAAAUCAACAAAAACGAUAUCAUGCUGGUGCAGAGCGAGGUGGAGGAGAGGAACGCCAUGAACGUCAUGAACGUGGUGAGCAGUCCCUCCCUGGCCACCUCCCCUAUGUACUUCGACUACCAAACCCGCCUGCCCCUCAGCUCGCCCCGGUCAGAGGUGAUGUAUCUUAAGCCAGCCUCCAACAACCUGACUGUCCCGCAGGGGCACGCAGGCUGCCACACCAGCUUCACCGGACAAGGGACUAAUUCGAGCGAGGCCCCUGCCACUCGGAUGUCCAUAAUUCAGACAGACAAUUUUCCCGCAGAGCCCAAUUACAUGGGCAGCAGGCAGCAGUUUGUUCAAAGUAGCUCCACGUUUAAGGACCCAGAAAGAGCCAGCCUGAGAGACAGUGGGCACGGGGACAGCGAUCAGGCGGACAGUGACCAAGACACUAACAAAGGCUCCUGCUGUGACAUGUCUGUUAGGGAGGCACUCAAGAUGAAAACUACUUCAACUAAAAGUCAACCACUUGAACAAGAGCCAGAAGAGUGCAUUAACUGCACAGAUGAAUGCCGAGUGCUUGGUCAUUCUGAUAGGUGUUGGAUGCCACAGUUCCCUGCAGCCAAUCAGGCUGAAAAUGCAGAUUACCGCACAAAUCUCUUUGUACCCACAGUUGAAGCUAACGUUGAGACUGAGACUUACGAAACUGUGAAUCCCACUGGGAAAAAGACUUUUUGUACAUUUGGAAAAGACAAGCGAGAGCACACUAUUCUCAUUGCCAAUGUGAAACCUUAUUUAAAAGCCAAACGUGCCCUGAGCCCUCUCCUCCAAGAGGUCCCCUCAGCAUCUAGCAGCCCAACCAAGGCAUGCAUUGAGCCUUGCGCCUCAACAAAAGGCUCCCUAGAUGGCUGUGAAGCAAAACCGGGGGCCUUAGCAGAAGCAAGCAGCUCCUACCUGCCCACUGACAGUCAGUAUCCGUCACCCAGUAAGCAACCAAGAGACCCUUCCUUCAUGGCUUCUGAGCAGAUGGCAAGGGUCUUUGCUGAUGUGCAUUCCAGAGCCAGUAGGGAUUCCAGCGAGAUCGGAGCUGUCCUGGAGCAGCUUGAUCACUCCAGCAGAGAUCUGGGCAGAGAGUCUGUGGAUGCCGAAGAAGUUGUGAGAGAGAUUGAUAAGCUCUUGCAGGACUGUCGGGGAAAUGACCCUGUCGCUGUGAGAAAGUGAAAGGAAAAGGCAUUGGUGUUUUCUUGUCUCUUCUGUUGAUUUGAAAAUGAUCACUCCCGGUGAAAACCCAUUUUACAGGGAUGGCAAAGGACCAGUGCUGCUUAAAGGCUUUUAGUGAACAUCUGAAGUGCCCACAAGUAUGUUCUUUUCACUGCUGUUUCUUUUACAGAAAUAACAAUGGUUUUGACCAAACUUAUAUUAGGACAGAAUUAAUGAUGCUUAAGGAGAAAGGAGAAAAGAGAGAGAGAGAUAGAGAGAGAAGAAAUUGGAAAGACGAAAAAAGGAGGAUGAGACAAGUUACCUUUUGACAAUCUGUUAGGAAGGUAUGCAGUGUGAGACUUAACGUAUUUCUGAUCACUCUAAGACUGUCCUCCCACGAGAUCGAUGCUGACUUAACUGUUUACCUAUAAACCCAUACAAAGCAGGGUCAUAUUUGUUAUCUGUGGUGGACUACUAGCUGACAUCACAGGCUUCUACUGAAAGUCCCGAAAAGACCUUGCAGUAGUCCAAGCUACACCAAACAUUAACACAUAAUUGUGGUAAACCUUUCUGUAUAAAGUACCUGCCAAGCAUAGAAACACAAAGACCAUUCCAUACCAUUAGUCAGAAAGCAAAAGAAAAAAAAUAUGUAAUAAUAACAAAAC